AUGAACAUGAACAGGGCCCCAUUUCACGACAUCCUGUGUACUGUCAACUCUGUUGGGUCACCGUGCAGCAGGAGCAGCACCAUGUCCCCUGCAGUCAUCAGCCUCGCAUGUCUUGGGUUCUUCUUCAACCAGAGGAUCGGGGCACAAGUGGGUGGUCAGAACAAGCCCUCCCUCUCUGCCUGGCCAAGCCCUGUAGUUCCUCAAGGGCAGCAUGUGACUCUUCAUUGUCGCUCCCAUCACAAGUUUGAAACAUUCAGACUGUACAAGGACAAUGACAUCUUCAUCUCCAAGCUCCACAGCACAAUAUCGCAAAACGGUGUUCUCAUUGGCCCUGUAACCCCAGAACAUGCAGGGACUUACAGCUGUCGUGGAUCCUACCAUGAUUCCCCCUCUGUGUGGUCAGCACCCAGUGACCCCCUGGUGAUUGUGGUCACAGGAAUCUACAGAAAACCUUCCUUGUUAGCCCAGUCGGGUCCCCUGGUGAAAUCAAGAGGGAACAUGACCUUGGUCUGUUGCUCAGAGAUCCUGUUUGAAAGCUUCAUUCUUCACAGAAAGAGGGUAUCCAAGGACCCCUUGUACCAUGCUGGUCAGCACCAUCAUGGGGGCUCCCAUGCUAACUUUUCCAUGGGUCCUGUGACAGCCGCCCAUACAGGGACCUACAGGUGUUUCCGUUCUCUCAAUUGCUCCUCCCAUGUGUGGUCUGCCCCCUGUAACCCCCUGGACAUCAUGAUCACAGGUCUACACAAGAAACCUUCUCUCUGGGCCCAGCCAGGCACCGUGGUGAGGACAGGAGAGAACGUGACCUUGUCCUGCUGCUCAGAGUGGUCCUUUGAUGUGUACCAUCUAUCCAGAGACGAGCAGCCCCAUGAGUGCUGGCUCGCUAAGGGGCAGAAGCAUGGCAGUACAACCCAGGCUGACUUCCCUCUGGGCCCUGCACAUCCAGCCCUGGGCGGGACCUACAGAUGCCAUGGCUCCUUCAACCCCUCUCCUUUUGAGUGGUCAGGCCCGAGUGACCCACUGUACCUUUCUUUCACAGGUGAGGACUCCAAUAGUCGUCUCCCAUCCACAAAACCAACCUCCAAAACUGGUAACCCCAGACACCAGCAUGUUCUGGCUGUGCCCUUAGUGGUCAUCGUCUUCCUCGCCAUCCUUCUUUUCUUCCUCACUCGUCAGUGGUGCCCUCCCAAAGAGGAUGCUGCUAUAAUGAACAGAGAACCUGAAGUGGAUAGAAUGGUGAGCAGGGAGGACCCUCAAACAGAAGACCCACAGGAAGUGACAUACACGCAGUUGGAUCAUCGCAUUUCCAUGCAAAAAAACACCACUCUUACUUCCCAGAGGCCUGGGGAGCCCUUGCAUGAUGAAAGUGUGUACAUGGAACUCGCAACAGGCUGAGACCAAUCAAGGCAUAAAUCCUAUGCCCCAAGAACCCACAAGAAGACUCUGAGGAGGCUCUCCAUGGAUGCCAUAGCACUUUCUGAACACACCCC